UACCUUUUUUGUAUGACGUAACUACUCCAUGUUUGUGUCGCAUCAUGACGUUGGGUGUAUUCGUUCGGCUACUUCGUGUUGAUCUAGCACCAAGGGAUUUGUCAUUGAAGGCCGACCUCAUGGGAGUUAAUCAGGCUACGUCCCUUUCUCAAAUCGUGCUGCCCUCUCCUUGGGGGGGUACAAAACGGCCUGUUGGAGGAGGAGCUCCCUGGAGUCUCAUCGCGCAGGACUUCACGAACGUUCCGUAUUGAGCAAUCACUUUGCCGACAAAGCCGUUACACAAAUUGUACAACACUUCAUUACACCGCGAUUUCCUUUGCUAUUCAUACCAGCGUAUUGCCCGCUGUGAUCAUCAAUGCCCACAGCUGUGAUCACCCUGUCAUCGUAGUCGUUCCCGUAGUCAUCAAUAUCAUCGUCGUGUGCGAGCGCUUCGAGUGUUACUAUUUAUCCUUCCGGUCCGCCAUGAACCUCAAAACGUCUGGCUGUGCUUCCGUCUGGGCAUGUCUAGUGGUGGCGACAGCGGUGUUUUCCGCCCUGGCGUGUGCUGCAGGUGCACAACCUUCUCCAGGAAGACAACAGCAACUACAGCUGCAGGACGAACUUCGCUAUAGAACGGAUAAACUAAGAGAACUUUUGGGUAGGCCCAUUGUAGAACUGGGUGUGUCUGGUGGACCAGUUGGCCUACAGAAGCGACCAUUCUGUAAUGCCUUCACGGGAUGUGCCGGUAAGCGCGCGCCGUUUGCCCUACCAAGCAGCGAUAAGCAACGCCUUCGUUUCUUCCGGAAGUUCAACACCAUCGAUAAUUUGGAUUCGGACGAAUACGUGGUCGAUAAUACGAACUACGACCGCGAAAUAAUCCAGGAGUAGACGCCACACAAGCUCAUCAAAUGGCGGAAUCAACAAAAAGAUACGAAUUUUGCCGGAAAUGACUCCAGGACAGGAACUGUCAUUGAAAGAAUGACGUGAAGCUACAACAUAAAAAACGUGGUAACUUCGUUACUCCACAACAAGCUUAUAGAGCAACGUGACAAAAACACAGUAACCAUAAUAUGUGGAUAUUGGAAAAAUAUAUUAGACAUAUUACUGACCUAUGUACAUUUUUAUCAAAAAGAUCAAUAAGACAGAGGAAAAACGCCAAACUCUUAAGAGGUAAGCACUUUUGCGCAAAAAAUGUAUAAGAAGAUUCUACUUGGAAGAUAAUUGUUGAUUUCUCUGCGUAUUUUUGUAGAUAAACUGAGCCAGAUAAAUACCACUGCUCCUUCCUUAUUCGUUUAUGCUGUAACUAUAUGUGUCUCUGGAAAACGAAGCUGUGUAUUUUACCCUAAUAUCGGUCGCAAUGAUUUUAUGAAUAAAUACGCAAUGCUCGAUCUGUUGACAAUAUACGAACGUAAUGCACAGUGUAUUAGUUUUUGUCUUAAUAUUCCACUAACGACCCAUACAUAUAAAUUUCUAGUGUAAACGACGAAGAGGUCAAGUCGUACGAUAUUGGCUUCUAGUUUUUCUUAGCGUAUAUAUAGAGAACACUCUUAACGAAGCUAAUAUCACUUUUACCCCGUACGAGGGCACAAAACAAAAAACGGCUCGAUGCUCUUCUGAUGCUACGUCAGUGUGCAGAAGGUUUAAGUAGGCAUCAUUCAAAAAUCCAGAACGUUGAACGUGUACUCGUAUUUGAAGGAAGGCUGCCUUUCUUGUCCCUUCUGU